ACAAAGUAAACAGAAGAACAGAGAUUAGAAGGUGUACAAUGUUGUUCCAUAAAGGCAGCGCCAUCUCAUCUCUCAAUUCUCAACUCUGAAGGAUCAUGUCACCCGUGUGGUCAGACUUGAAAAAACUGAAGUAAUAUUCAAAGAUUAUUCCAGAAGAUCUGUAGGACAUUUAAAUAGAGCCACCCCAACUCCAAAACAACACCACUCACCUCUCCUUCUACCUCGUCACAACACCACCAACAUAGUUUGUCUCCCUUUCCAAAUUUUCUGUGUUCUCAUAAAACAUUUCUUGUCAUAAAUUAAUCAUGGGAACUCUGGUGGGACAUGUAGCUCCAGGUUUUGGUUUCAUGUUGAUAGGUUUGUGGCACCUCUUCAACCACAUCAAGCUCCACGCCCUUAACCCAAAGUCUUACAAAGGUCCAUCAUGGUUCCCAUCUUCCAAGUUUAGAUACCUAGAGUUGGUGCUCAUCAUGGUAGGCUGCACAGCCUCCGUUUCAAUGGAACUCUUCAUUGGCCCGGAUCGCCACCAACCUCUUGAUCCAGAUGGAACCAUUCCCUCCAACCAUCUCCACAACUUCGAGCACUCUUCCAUCUCCAUCACCUUCUUCCUCUACGCAGCUUCUUCCAUCAUCCUCGACCGUGCCCAAGCCCCGGCUCAAUUCGUACUCACCCAGUUUCUUGGGGCCGUAGCAUUUGCCCAACAACUCCUUCUCUUCCACCUCCAUUCCGCCGACCACAUGGGCCCAGAAGGCCAAUACCAUCUUUUGUUACAGCUUUUGGUCUUUGUUUCACUCUCCACCACAAUCAUUGGAAUCGGGUUCCCUGAAAGUUUCAUCGUCAACUUCGUUCGCUCCGUCAGCAUUUUCUUCCAGGGGCUGUGGUUAAUUGUGAUGGGCUUCAUGCUUUGGACACCUUCACUCAUACCCAAAGGCUGUUACAUGAACGACGAGGAGGGUCACAUGGUGGUUAGAUGCUCUUCCCACGAGGCACUUCACCGCGCCAACUCGCUCGUAAACAUCGAGUUCAGUUGGUUCAUCAUUGGUGUCACCGUUUUUGCGGUUUCCUUGUACUUGGUUUUGGUCAAGGUUUAUGGGGAGAAGGUGCAGUAUUUUUCCCUUGGGAACGAGGAUGAAGAAUCAAACUACGACGUUGAAUCCCAAAAGAGCGGCGCCAUUGACAACAACAGCAAAAGCUUUAUUCACGUCAGCAAAAUCUUUCCUCAAAAUCAUAUGGAAAGGUAGAUAGAUAGAUAUAACGAGAGUGAUGAAAUGAAAGUUCGUUAAUUUGUGA